AUGGAUGAAAUGAUGAAUAAAACAAUGGAACUAAUCCAACAAGGAUCUAAAAAAGAAAAUUGUGGUGAAUAUCAAGAAGCUUUGGAUUUAUAUUUGAUGGCAUUACAACGUUGGAAUCAUAUGUGUAAAUAUCAAACUGAUCUGAAAAUAAAAAAUAUUCUUAUUUCUAGAAUGGAACAAUUAGUUACUAGAGCUGAAAAUAUAAAAAAAGUACUUAAUAAUAAUUCUGAAGGUAAUAAAUAUACUAUAGAUAUAAAUAAUAAAAAUAAUACAAGUAGUAGUAAUGAUCAACUUAGGGAAAUGAUUACUAAUUGUAUUGUUGUAGAAAGUCCUAAUAUAUAUUGGAAUGAUAUAGCAGGAUUAAUAACAGCUAAAGCUUCAUUAAAGGAAGCUGUUUUACUUCCUAUAAAAUUUCCUCAACUUUUUAAAGGUAAUCUAAAACCAUGGAAAGGUAUUUUGUUAUAUGGACCUCCUGGAACAGGAAAAACUUAUUUAGCUAAAGCUUGUGCUACUGAACUUAAUGGUACUUUUUUAACUUUAUCAAGUGCAGAUUUAACAAGUAAAUGGCAAGGUGAAUCAGAAAAAUUAAUAAAAUCUCUUUUUGAUAUUGCAAGAGAAAAGGCACCAUCUAUUAUAUUUAUUGAUGAAGUUGAUAGUUUAUGUAGUAGUAGAAAUGAUCAAGAAAAUGAAUCUAGUAGACGUAUAAAAACUGAAUUUUUAGUUCAAAUGGAUGGAAUUAAUAGUGGAAUAUUAGAUAAUAAUAAAUCUAUACUUGUUUUAGGUGCAACUAAUGUACCAUGGGAUUUAGAUAUUGCUAUAAGGAGAAGAUUUGAAAGACGUAUAUAUAUACCAUUACCUGAUUAUUCUGCUAGAAAACAAAUUAUAUUGCAAGGACUUAAAGAUACUAAUCAUAAUUUAACAGAUGAUGAUAUUUCUUAUAUUUCUGAACAAACUAAUGGUUUUAGUGCUAGUGAUGUUUCAAUUUUAAUUAAAGAUACAUUAUUUGAACCUAUAAGAAAAUGUAGUAAUUCUAAAUGGUUUAAAAGAAUUGAAAAAUAUAAUGAAAAAGAAUCUACAUAUUUUUGGACUCCAUAUUCACCAAAUUAUACAGAUCAAGAAGAUAUUAAUAAUGGAAAUAUUAAACAAAUGUCUUUAUAUGAUAUACCAAAUAAUCAAUUAUUACCACCUAUUUUAACAAAACAAGAUCUAAUUAAUGUCCUUUCGAAAUCUAAGUCUUCAAUUUCUAUAAGUGAUAUAUCAAAAUAUGAAGAUUGGACAAAAUUAUUUGGAUUGUCAGGUGAAUAA